AUGGCUGAAGACAGAAUUGCAGUGGAUGUAAACGAGUUCAGCUGUGCAAUCUGUCUGGAUCUACUAAAGGAUCCAGUGGCUAUUCCCUGUGGACACAGUUACUGUAUGAGCUGCAUUAAGAGCUGCUGGGAUCAGGAAGAUCAUGUUGGAGUUUACAGCUGCCCCCAGUGCAGACAGACCUUCAUACCCAGACCUGUUCUGAACAGAAACACCAUACUGGCUGAAGUGGUGGAGAAACUGAAGAAGACUGGACUACAAGCAGCUACUCCUGCUGACCAGUAUGCUGGACCUGGAGAUGUGGAGUGUGACGUCUGUACUGGGAGAAAACACAAAGCUGUCAAGUCCUGCCUGGUGUGUCUGGCCUCCUACUGUGAAACUGACCUGCAGCUUCACAACAAACUCCACCAUGCAAAACAGCACAAGCUCAUUGAUGCCACCGGCCAUCUGAAGGACAAGGUCUGUUCCCACCAUGACAAACCCCUGGAGGUCUACUGCUGUACCGACCAGCAGUGUAUCUGUUAUCUCUGUACGAUGGAUGAACACAGAGGCCAUGAUACAGUCUCAGCUGCUACAGGAAGGGUGGAGAUACAGCUCCGAGUUCCGACCUCCGAGGUAAAUGGACUCAGCAUAAGAGUAGUGGCUCCAUCACCUCAGAAACAGCCACCGUCCUGGGAUUUUAAUUUCACACACUUCAGUGUGAUAACAGAGUGUGAUAGUUCUGGGCAGCCUGUGGCUGAGUGAGCUAAGCCUCUCUGCCUAUGAUCAGAAGAUUGCCAGUUCAAGCCUGGCCUUGGUACAUCUGGGGGUCCAUGAGCAAGAUCAUUAACCCCCAGCUCUCCGGGUGCUGCUAUAGGUGGCUGCCCUUUGCAGUCAGCUGGCUCUCACCGACAGAGUGCCAGUUGUUGGGGGGGGGGAGUUUAAAGAACUGUUUAAAGAAAAAAGAAUAAAUUUGUAUUUUUAUAGUGUAUUUUCACAACAUUACAUUGUCUCAAAGCGCUUUACAUUAUCUCUGCUCAAAGUCCCCAGAGAGACAGUCAGAGGUGACAGUGGCAAGGAGAAACAUAGGAAGAGACCUUGGGAGGAGCCAGACUUAAAGGGGGAGCUCGUCCUCCAGGGGGCUGGCAGAGAGUCAAAUGAUAAAGAUGGCAAAAUCCUAAUUUAUAAAGCAUAAAUUUUAAACGUGGGGUGGUGCAGUGGUUAGCACUGUUGCCUCACACCUCUGGGACCCGGGUUCGAGUCUCCGCCUGGGUCACAUGUGUGUGGAGUUUGCAUAUUCUCCCCAUGUUGUCGUGGGGUUUCCUCUGGGUACUCCGGUUUCCCCCCACAGUCUAAAAACAUGCUGAGGCUAAUUGGAGUUGCUAAAUUGCCCGUAGGAGUGCAUGUGUGAGUGACUGGCGUGUGAGUGUGCCCUGCGAUGGGCUGGCCCCCUGUCCUGGGUUGUUCCCUGCCUCGUGCCCAUUGAUU